CGCGGCGCCCCGCGCGUCCGAGCGCGGCGUGGGGGCGGGCUGCGACCUCUGCCUCGCUAGAUUGCAUUUUUAAAUUCAGGAUUCCCAGCAGCUCUUCGCGAUUUUUUUAUUUUUUCCCCCCAGCUUCGACUCCUUGGUGUGGUGUUGACACUCCAGGAGAAGCUUCACUCUCCAAAGUGUAUGUCUGGCGCCUGGGAGACCUGAGACGGAGUUAGCCGAAUUUUCGUGCAUGCAAAAACCCAAGGAUUUGGGUUUUGUGGGGGAUUUUUUUUUCUUCCUCCCCCCACCCCAACUCCCUUCCCUUCUUUUCUUCUUUUUGCAGGGACCCCAGGGUAUCCAACCAGCCUGCUUUUUUUUUUUUUUUUUUUUCAGAUCCUGCAGGGAAAGCCCAUGUAAUCAAGCGCUUGGGCUUUAAAGGGAGGUCCCGCCAGACCUUUGUGCUCAUGGACCCGCCGCGCAACUUUUAAAGGCUCGCCGGCCCAUGCGGGGUCUCUCCAGCCGCGCGCCGCCUGCAGCCCCCCUAAGGCGCCGGGGCUGGAGCUGAGCCACCCCGGGCCACCGCGGUCCAUGUAGCCGCGGGCCCCCUCGCGGACUGCGGCUCGGCGCGCGCGCGUGUCCCGCCCCGGCGAGCUCACUCAUGUUGCAGCCCUGCGGUGCCCCCUCGACGACAGGCUGUGCUCGGUGUGCACGGCGCCCCGCGGCGGAGCUUCAUGUGGGGCUGCGGCCCGCGCAGCCGGCGCCUCGCUGAGGGAACGGACCCCCGGUAACCGGACACUGCCUCCCCCACCCCACCCCCCGUCCCCGGCGCCAAAGGAUAUCGUAUGUUCAGGUCCAAACGCUCGGGGCUGGUGCGGCGACUUUGGCGAAGUCGUGUGGUCCCCGAUCGGGAGGAAAGCGGCGGCAGCGGUGGCGGCGACGACGACGAGGAUGGGAGCUUGGGCAGCAGCCGAGCUGAGCCGGCCCCGUGGGCACGAGAGGAAGGCGGAGGCUGCCGCCACCCCGAAGUCCGCUCGGUAACCCCACGCCGGCCCCGGGACGCGGUGGCAGCGCGGGGCGCCCCGAUCGCGGUUAGGCGCCGUCGCGCGGGGGGCCCCCCGAGGCCCAUGCCGGAGCCGGAGGCCGGCGCCGAGGGCUCCCCCCUAGACGUGGCCGAGCCGGGAAGCCCAGGCUGGCUGCCCGAGAGUGACUGCGAGACGGUGACCUGUUGUCUCUUCUCGGAGCGCGACGCCGCCGGUGCGCCCCGGGACGCGGGCGCCCCCCUGGCCGGGGCCGCCCCGGAGCCGGAGAGCAGCGGGCGGAGCCGCGAAGCCCGCUCGCGGCUGCUGCUGCUGGAGCAGGAGCUGAAGACCGUCACGUACUCGCUGCUGAAGCGGCUCAAGGAGCGCUCGCUGGACACGCUGCUGGAGGCGGUGGAGUCCCGCGGCGGCGUGCCGGGCGGCUGCGUGCUGGUGCCGCGCGCCGAUCUCCGCCUGGGCGGCCAGCCCGCGCCGCCGCAGCUGCUGCUCGGUCGCCUUUUCCGCUGGCCCGAUCUGCAACACGCCGUGGAGCUGAAGCCCCUGUGCGGCUGCCACAGCUUCGCCGCCGCCGCCGACGGCCCCGUCGUGUGCUGCAACCCCUACCACUUCAGCCGGCUCUGCGGGCCAGAAUCACCGCCACCCCCAUAUUCUCGGCUGUCUCCUCGGGACGAGUACAAGCCACUGGAUCUGUCCGAUUCCACAUUGUCUUACACUGAAACGGAGGUCACCAACUCCCUCAUCACUGCUCCGGGUGAAUUCUCAGACGCCAGCAUGUCUCCAGAUGCCAGCAAGCCGAGCCACUGGUGCAGCGUGGCGUACUGGGAGCACCGGACGCGGGUGGGCCGUCUCUACGCCGUGUGUGAGCAGGCCGUGAGCAUCUUCUACGACCUACCUCAGGGCAGCGGCUUCUGCCUGGGCCAGCUCAACCUGGAGCAGCGCAGCGAGGCCGUGCGCCGCACCCGCAGCAAGAUCGGCUUUGGCAUCGUGCUCAGCAAGGAGCCCGAUGGUGUGUGGGCCUACAAUCGGGGCGAGCACCCCAUCUUUGUCAACUCCCCAACGUUGGACGCACCCGGAGGCCGCACCCUGGUUGUGCGCAAGGUACCGCCAGGCUAUUCCAUCAAGGUGUUUGACUUUGAGCGCUCCGGGGUGCUGCGCGCUGAGUUCGAGUCCACUGAUGGCCCCUAUGAUCCCCACAGUGCCCGUAUCAGCUUCGCCAAGGGCUGGGGACCCUGCUACUCAAGACAGUUCAUCACCUCGUGUCCCUGCUGGCUGGAAGUCCUUCUCCACAAUCACAGAUAGAGCGAGCUGCCUGCCGCCGCCACCACCACCACCGUCCCCCAACUUCCAGACCCAGGGGUGCCCCAUGGACGAACCCCUCACCCCUACCCCAUAUCAUCUACCUAGAUUUAAUAUAAAGUUUUAUAUAUUAUAUGGAAAGAUAUAUUAUACUUGUAAUUAUGGAGUCAUUUUUACAAUGUAAUUAUUUAUGUAUGGUGCAAUGUGUAUAUAUGGACAAAACCAGAAAGACGCACUUUGGCUUAUCAUUCUCUCAAUACAGAUAUAUUUUCUUUCUUUUCUUC